AUGCCAGGCCUCACAGAAGAAAGUCAUGACGCCAGUCACAAAAAAAGAAAGCUCGACGACGUCCCCGAAAUCGAGAUUGAUGUGUCCGCCCCCGAACCGCCCUCAAAGAAAGCUCUGCGCAAAGCCAAAAAGAAGGGAAUCGAUCCCACUGAGAAGACCGAAGUUAAAUCUGAAACAGAUACGAACGAAACAACGACAAAGAAUGGAAAAGAAGGCAAGCGGUCAGAAUAUGGUGUCUGGAUAGGCAACAUGCCUUUUACAGCCACGAAAGAAGAUGUCCGCAAAUUCUUGCUUGACGGCUGCACGUUCAGCGAAGCGACAAUCACACGCAUCCAUAUCCCAAUGGGACCGUCGAGAGGGUUUAUUCCACAGAACAAAGGAUUUGCCUAUGUCGACUUUGCGAACAAAAAAGCAAUGGAGGAAGCUAUUGGAUUGAGCGAAAAGUUCAUUGCGGGUCGUCGUGUGUUGAUUAAAGGUUCCCAAAACUUCGAAGGUAGACCUACGGAACAUCAGCAAGCGGGAGGAGCGACGAAGGCUGGUGCGGCUGCAACAAGUGCGCAUCCUCCUUCGCGACGGAUAUUUGUGGGCAAUCUCGGGUUUGAUGCUACCAAGGAAGCUGUUGAGGAACAUUUUGCGCCAUGCGGCAGUAUUACAAAUGUGCAUCUUGCUACACUAUAG